AUGAGCGCCAUGGCAGCCGCAGCGCCGCCGGCACCCCAGGCGCAGGCGCCCACUCAGGCGGCUUCCCCGGCCGCCCCACCAGCCCCCGCCCCCAGCGGCAGCCCCGCCGCGGGGGCAGCGCCCGGCCGCCUGCUGUAUCUGGUCGUGACGCAGGGCGCCCAGGCCCCGGAGCGACGAGACGGUGGCCGCCCCGCGGGCGCCCGCUACACGCGCGACAGCGUCCGCUCCCUGCUCCAGCUGCUGGGCUGCAAGCCGCGGCUGGCCCACAAGAUUGCAGCCCUGGUCUUCUCAUCCGUCGAGGCCCUCGUGGCGCCGCCCGCCACCGGCGCCGGCGGCCGCCAGCAGCGCACGAGCCGGCGGCAGUUUGCCGUCCACGCCCACGGAAGGGACGGGCGCGUCGCCGUCAGCCUGCCGCGGGCCGAGUUCCUGCAGCUCGUGUCGGCGGCCGCGGCCCAGUUUUCCUACAAGAUCGCCCCCGCCAGCGACGAGCUUAAGGUGGCGACAGGGCUGCGGGAGCGGCGGCGCUGCGUGAUCGUGCUGCUGUGCGGCACCAGCGGCAGCGGCAAGUCCACGCUCGCGUCCCUCCUGGCGGGCCGCCUGGGCAUCACCACCGUGGUGUCCACGGACAGUGUGCGCCACAUGAUGCGGUCCUUUGCGCCCCGGGAGGAGGCGCCCCUGCUGUGGGCCUCAACCUACCAGGCGGGGGAGGCGCUGCCGCAGGGCGCCGCCGGCGCGGGCAAGGCCGGCAGCAGGGAGGGUGGGGAGCCUACCCCCCAGGAGGUUGUGAUUGCGGGCUACAAGGCGCAGUGCGCACUGCUGGCGGAGCCCAUAGCGGCGCUGGUGGCCGGCUGUGAGGCGCGCUGCCAGAGCCUGGUCUGCGAGGGUGCGGGGGGGCUGGGGGCCACUUGGGGGCGCAGAGCCCGGCUGGCUGCAUCAGGGGGAGGGGGGCGUGAGGGCGGGACAAGCAAGGGAAAUUGA